AUGGCGAAACGGAGACAAAAAAGUAGAACACAUGUUAAGCCAGAUGUUGAGGAAGCUAAGAAAAUACCAAAGUCCAUGGUAAUCCGUGUGGGACAAACGUCGAUGUCAAACCAUUCUUUGAACCAACUGGUCAAAGAUUUUCGUCAAAUAAUGCAACCGCACACGGCUAUCAAGUUGAAGGAGCGUAAAUCGAAUAAACUCAAAGAUUUCGUAGUAAUGUGCGGUCCUUUGGGUGUGUCACACUUGUUCAUGUUCACGCAAAGCGAGAAAACUGGUAAUGUAUCGUUGAAGAUGGCCAGAACUCCACACGGGCCUACCAUCACAUAUCAAGUUCUGGAUUACUCGCUAGGGAGAGACGUGAAAAAAUUCAUGAAGAGGCCACGCACUUUGGGCAAAGAAGACGUUAUGAAUCCACCAUUGCUCGUGCUGAACGGGUUCGGUGUGAAGCCUAAAGAACAAGGCGACGAUAAAGAAGACCGCAACAGCGAUGUCUUAGAACGUGCAAACGUCGAGAAAGUUAUCAUUUCCAUGUUCCAGAAUAUAUUUCCACCUUUGAACCCAGCUAGGACGCAGCUGAGCUCGAUCAACAGGGUUUUCAUGAUAAACAAGGAUCCUGUAACGGAAGAAGUCAGCAUGCGUCAUUACGCGGUCGACGUAAGAGAAGUCGACAUUUCUUCAAACAUCAAACGGCUGUAUCGUGCCAAAAACAAGCUAAAUAAGCCCGUUCCUAAUCUUCACAGAAAAGAUGAUAUUGCAUCGCUCAUUUUGGACCACGACCUAGGAGCUUACACAUCAGAAAGUGAGAUCGAAGACGACUCUAUUGUCAAAGUUAUGGAUAAGGGCCAAGCUCCUGUUAGACCUACCGCAACGUCUUCCGAAGCUGUUAGCAAUGACAACAAUGGCGAAGCUCUUAUUGAACAACCUUUACCACGCAAAAAGGCCAUCAAGCUUACUGAAGUCGGACCUCGUUUGACUUUGAAGCUUGUAAAAAUCGAAGAAGGCAUAUGUUCGGGCAAGGUCCUACAUCACACCUACGUUAAAAAGACAGAUUCGGAAAUAAGACAUUUGGAGAAGAGACAUGCACAACGUAUGAAGUUGAAGGAGGAAAGACGCAAGGAGCAGGAGGCGAAUCUAGCCAAGAAAAAUGAAGUUAAGGAUGCCAAAAAACAGCGGAAGAUGGAAAGAAGAAAGUUAAGAGAACAACAACUAGAGCAAGGAGAAAGUGUGGAAGGCGCAGGUAGUGCCAGUGAUGGGAACGAUUCAUCGGAAAGUGACGAAGAAGGUUAUAGCGACGUUCCUGAAGAUCUGGAUAGCGAUCUCUAUAGUGAUGUGGAUAUUAGCUAA